GUUAUCCUCACCCUUCAUCGUUGAGGUUUCUUAGUGACAGCGCUUGAUGAUGCUGCAGAGAUAACAAUCUAUUUUCGGUCCUGCAGGCAAGAUGGCUGCGGCACCACCCCGUCCGUUCGAUUACUUGGAGAGCUUGCCUGGAACUGUCUUUAACAAGCUCUACCAGCAGCCCUCCACUGCUCUCGCCAUUUUCAGGCGCAUGCUGCCUGACCUGGCAAAAUGUUUUGUGAUGGCGCUUCUCUACCUCAAGGACCCACUUCCAGCAGCGGAUUUGGAGGCUUGGGUCAGGCCAGACAGUUUGAAAGAGCGAGAUAAUGCGCUCUCAAUUUUGGGCAGGUUGCACAUUAUGACCAGCACUACGACGUCGGAUAACAUAAAAGCAUACACUGUCACCGAUCCUUUUGCAUCCUCCCUUCGGCAGGCUCUCACCGGUGCCGAGCAAACUCAAUCGUUUGGUGUUUUGUCCCAGAUAUCUGACGAAGAAGCUGUCUCCAUCGCGGACCUGGACGAGUAUGCCAGACGGCAGUGGGAAGGAGUUCUGGGAUACAUGGUGGGAACAAGUGGACUGGGUAUGCAACGCGACGUCAGUUUGAGCAAAGGCGUGAAGGAACUCUUGCAGGCCGGCCACCUCGUCGAGAUCAGGGAUCGUCGAGUGGAAAUUACUCAGGACGGAUUCGCUUUCGUUCUGCAGGACGUUGGCACUCAAGUAUGGCAUAUCCUAGUUCUUUAUGUUGAGAGCGCAGCGGCCAUCGGCAUGGACAGCGUCGAGGUGCUUUCCUUUGUGUUCUUCUUGAGCAGUUUGGAACUGGGAAAAUCGUAUGAGAAGAAGCAGUUGACGUCCAACCAAUUGCGCACUCUGACCGACUUGGCCGACUUUGGUAUCGUCUACCAAGAGACCCCGGAUGCCACGCAUUUCUACCCGACGCGCCUCGCAACCACCUUGACAUCCGACUCCAGCACUCUGAGCAAUCCUCUCGCUGGCUCCCUUUCUGGACCUACGGGCACAGCCUCGAGCAAAGCCGGUUCCGGAUUCAUUAUCAUCGAAACAAAUUACCGACUCUACGCAUAUACCUCCUCACCGCUCCAGAUCUCCCUCAUUGCACUUUUCAGCACAUUGAAAUAUCGCUUCCCGAAUUUGAUCACAGGUAAAAUCACCCGCCAGUCCGUCCGUCGUGCAGUCGAGAUGGGCAUUACCGCCGAUCAAAUCAUCUCUUACCUAUCGACACACGCACACCCACAAAUGCGCAAGCACAAUGUGUCUAGGUCUACUUCCAAUCAAGCCGGAAUGCCCCUGUCCGUCUUACCGCCUACCGUCGUGGAUCAGAUUCGUCUUUGGCAGCUCGAGAGAGAUCGUGUCAAAGCGACACACGGCUUUUUGUUUAGGGACUUCAACACUCUGGCCGAAUAUGAGGCCCCGUGUCGAUAUGCCGAGGAGAUCGGCGUUCUGGUCUGGAAAUCAGAUCGCAAGCGGAUGUUUUUUGUCACUCGACAUCACCAGGUUGCUGCUUUCUUGAAGAGCAGGAGGAAGUAACCUUGCGGACUGGGAACCGGCCUAGGCGAUAUUUUCCCACGGACUAAAAUACUUUCUAUGAUGCAAUCUUUGACAAGCAUGAUAUGGCGUUGGGAAGAUCUGUUCUUGAUUAUUGCGGAUAUUAUAAAGGGUCUGUGGCCUCUGCGGUUGUGGACUGGCUAAUCAAUCGGGAUUAUACUAAAUUCUACGCAUCAGACAGGCUGCUUGCAAUGAUCAUUAGAAAACCAUGUAAAUAUCAAACUCCGGUGUCAUCCUAAGUACAGCAAUUUGCAGUCAACACUUCCAACCAAUAACUCCUCCGAUUAAUCGCCUUUCCCAACAG